UACAUAUAUUUACCGCACAGAAAAACAUGAUUUGCUUAUCUGUCAGCACCUGACAAAAGACACAGAUGAAUGAACGUAUAUUUCAGCCGACACUUCACGUUGUGUCACUUUUUUAACCCAUGUAUACAAAUUUACAGCAACUUCUUCUUUGUUCUGCUGUACACUUUCAGGAAGUAUGCUCUGUUAGUUAAUAACGCCAGGAAAGGGAGCUAUAGAUUUGCUGCAAGACAAGUCCGGCAUACACUGAACAAAAUAUAAAUUGCUGAUCGGGCUGAAGACUGUAUUUUUUUGGAUAUUGGCUGAAACGAAAAUGACAGAGACAACUAAAGAGGUUUUAGUGAUUUUUGAGAAGAAUGGAGAAGAAUGGGCCACAUAUCUAAAGAAACUAUUGAAAACCCAUUUAAACACAGAUGCAGUAUUUCUUUGCAAUUUGGACUAUGAAUCAGAAGAAAUGCUGGAACUUCUCAGCCAGUCCAAUUAUCAGUGUAAACUGUUAAUACUGACAAGUUAUCUUCUAGAAACCUUCUGCAGAAACCAAUGUGCUUAUUUCUUUCAUCUUCUACAACCAUCGCACAGAGUGAUUCUCCUGCUUUGUGGUGUGGAAUCCCCAGAAGGGUUUUAUGAAAUAUUUCCACUGGAAAAAGACUGUCACGUGAUUCUAAGUGAUGAAGACCCAAAUGAAUACAUUGCUGUUGUAUCCACAGUCAUGAAUACAGAUUAUGACGAUAAAACAGAAAUACCCUUACAAAAUACCACUGAAGACAUUAUUUGGAACAAUCCUGAGCAUGAAGAUAUACAGCAUUUAACUAAAUCAUCUAUAAUAAUAUUACCAAAACGGAUAUCAUGUGAGAAUCCAGGUGAAUUAUUUAUUAUUUUACAAGAUGAAAUGCCCAAAAAUUCAAAUAUUGAAGUUGAAUUCUGUACAGAAAAUCAGUUUAUUAGGAGAACACCACUGCAGUGGAAUGAAAAGAUACUUUGUUUAAAGGCUCUGGACCUUCCUCCUGGCCCAGUCAUUGUGAAUAUUUACAAUGGAGAAAACAUCACAGCAAGCGCACAGAUUGAGUAUUACUCUGCAAUUCAAGACCUGAAAUAUCUACUUUGCAAAGUGGUAGAUCCAUUAACAUUUAUUUGUCAGGCAUUUGAUGUUUACACAUUGAAGGAGCUUGAUAAGGUGCUGGCAAAAUCACUGCGGAACAAGAUUUCAUCUCAUGAAUUUAGCAUGCAUGACAUUAACCAACAAGCAUUAAAUGCCAGCUCUGUUGAAAUACCUACCAUACUGCAUUGUGCAGCUAAACUUGGUCUUAAAGACGUCACACAUCUGUUGUUGCAAAGCCCAGAGGCAGAUUAUAUUUGUCAAGUCACCAAUAAGUAUGGAGAUGAUCCAGCUACAAUUGCUGAGAAACAUGGACAUAAAGACAUUCAAGAAAUCAUCCUUCACCGAGCAACUAAAGUGAAAGCUAAUCACACAGAUAUAGCGAGAGAAGAAGAGGAGUCAAAGUUCGAAGAUGUUUAUGUAGACAUGGUCAAGAGUGCAGAUGCAGAUCAGCAUACUACCAAUGACGCAUAUGGAAAUGGAUACGAGGAGUGUGUCAACAAGGCCUAUGAAAGUGAACACGAUGUACUGGAGUAUCCUGCAGUUAACAGCAAGGAGGAGAAUGAUGAGGACAAUGAUGAGGAGCAUCCUGAGCACCUUGUUUCUGAUGAGACAUCAGGAAUAAUUGAUGAAUAUUGCUGCUCAAUACAAGCUGACUAUUCUUCAGGGCCUUUUAUAAAUGAUGAACUUCCUAGUGUAUUGCAAGAUGAUGCGUACAAGAAAGGUAUCGAUGAGAAAUGGCUCUGUGAAGAUGUGAGCAAAUACAACAAUGAAGAUGAGCAAAGUCUGGAAAAGACAGAGUAUGAACAGAGUUUAGGAUCCAGAGAUGGAAAUGUAUACGUUCCUCUGCCGGCUCGUUGUGGCUUUGAGAAUGUUCCUGUUCAGGUAGACUGCAGCUCUGCCACUACUUCUUUUCUUCCAGGAGACAGUCCACCACAGCAGUUUCACUCUUCUCAAGAGGAAGAGGCUGAUAAUGAAAGUAUGACACACCAAGGACUGACUGAACAUCUGGAUGAAGAACAAUGCAAUGAGUGUAUUGAGGAACCAUUGGUAUUUGCCUGCACUGAGGAUGAUGUGUACAUUGUAUUUGAAACCAACACUAAAGAUAUACAAAGAGGACAACAGUCCUUCAAUAUGCAUAAUGCAACCGUUCCAAAGAAAACCACUUACAACAUUCAUGAGGGAAAAAAGGACAGCGACAAUGAGGAUGUCACAUCUGCUGUAGCAGAUGAAUAUGCUGAAGAAGGAGAGGAUGAUGAAUAUAAUGAAAAACCACUGCUAGUCGCUUCUAUGGAGGACGAUGUGUACAUUGUAUUUGAAACGGGCACUACUGAGACACAACAAAGACAAAAUUCUUCUAUUUCACACAAUCCAGCAGCUUCAGCGAUCACAUCUAACCGCACAAUAGAAAGUGUUGCAUCAUAUAAUAUCCAAGAAGUGAGAAACCAUGACAGCUUUAGUGAACAUUAUAUCUGGGAUGAAACUAUGGAUGAAAGCAUUGAAGAAGAUCCAUACAGUCUUACCUCCCAUGAAAAUGAAUAUAUGGAGCUACCUUUUGAACCUGCUGAUGAAGUCAACCCAAGAACAAAAAAGUCUUUUAUUGUGCAUAGAGCUCCCCUUCCAGCACCCAGGCCACAGGCAGCUGCCAUUCCCGAACCAGAAGACUCCUACAUUUCUAAAGUGUUUCGCCAGAAGGAAGAAGAGAAAAAAAUAUACAGCACCGGCCUCUAUCAAAGCAGAGUACAAGUGACAAAGAACGAUGUUCAUGUUACACAGCAACCUUACCUACCUAGCGGGCAAGAUGAGCUGAUAUUGUUACAAGAAAAAGUGAAGAUGGGAAUUAUCACCAUGGAUGAAGCAAUUAAAAAAUUCCAGCAGUGGCAGACUGAAAAGAGUGGUCUGGAUCUCCUUCAACAGAAAAAAUUGCAGCAACUCCGUGACAAUAUUAUUGGAGAUAAACCAGACGAUGAUAAACUGACUAUUGUUCAUCAGCCAAGUCCAAUCUCUGCAAAGCAGAGAGCAACUUAUGGAAUGUUCGAUAACAGCAUUUAUCAGAAGGCACGUCCAGCAGUACAACCACCUCCCAAUAAUCCCAAAAAAGAACAUGGAACAUAUGGGAAAUUGCCAUAUAACAAGUGAAGGCUUUGGUCAGAAAGACAGACUUAGUGAAGAAGCUGAUAUACAAAAGUGGACCAACCAUUACUUACUUACAGCAUUGACAUGGCCUACCUUCUUCAGCCUAAUUGCACUAUGCUUGUGUUUGGCAGAAAACAGAGACAACAGUAGGAGAUCUGGACCAUGGGUUGCAGAGCUUGUUUUGUCUUCUCAGCACUUUGUAUGACCUUAAUUUAUUAUUGCAGAAUAGGUUUAAAAGCCCAAUAAAUGUACUAUUUAAAUAUGAAUAUGUAUUGGAGUCGAGAAUACAUUAAAGAGUGCAAAAAUAACUUGAAAGCUUCAUAAAUUGUAUAAAUUUGCAUGUGUGUACAUAUUAAAUUCAUAUAAAGCAGAACUCCAGUUUACAAAUUAUUACCCCUGGCCCAAGCACCCCAUUUCCCCCACCACCCCAUAUGUUAACUUUGUAUAUCUUAAAUUUCUCUAUAGUUACUUGUUUAGCCAACAUAAAGUUGCAGUGUUGUGAUUGAUCUGUUCCCAUUGCUCCUUGUGGUCUGACAGUUAUAAGGGAGCAGCAACACUCAACAUCGGGACUGCAUGUCCCAGAAGUCUAUGUGGUUUAGAUGCCUUUAGUGUCGUUUUGGAUACCAGAAAAUCCAGCUGGUUGUAGCAGUUGCAUCAUUACACCACCCUUGUAGUACUGAGAACAACAUGACAUCCAGUCACAGGAAGCUAGAUAUUGUGCAGCCAGAUGUUGUUCAUAUAAAGCCAUAAAUGAAUUGAAAAAACAAAAAACAAAGUUGCUUUACAUACAGAACAAUGAGCUAUAAUGCAUUGUUUAAAAAGUCAGGACUCCUUCUGAUAAUAAAGAUAAGUAAAA